GAAUAAUGACUGACAGACUUACACAACUACAAGUGUGCUUGGAUCAGUUAGUUGCGCAAUUCAAUGCCACUGUGAAUUACGUAAACACAAACAGUGAGGCUGCUCUUUUGGAUCCUGAAGAAAAUUCUGUGGCCAACAUUGCAGCUUCAGCACCACUCCCAGGAGCGGUUGUACCGAGCAAUGAACCAGGCAGCAGUAACAAGCAAACAACUGCUAAUAGUGUGUCCAAUCAGCCGACUGCGCGUGUCGAAGCCGAGCAGAAUUUUGAAAAUACCAUCAAUGAAUUAUCCACAGAUAUAAUACUUAAGUCUCGUCAAUUGAGUAUGUUGAUAGACUCCUUACCAGGCAUUGGUGUGUCUCCCGAAAGCCAACUUCUGCUCAUCGAGGAGUUGGCCCGUGAAUUGGAGCAAGUGGAGAAGGAACGGGUGGCGAAAAUAGAAGAAAAGGACGUUUUACUAGCCCAAUGUGAAUCUCUCAUUAUGGAUGUAGCUAGUGGUAUUUCCGAAACAAGAAGAUAAUAAAAACGUUUAUAAAAAUGUUUAUUCUUUUACUUUAAGGGGGGCGAAGGCAUUU